AUUGAAUCCCAUACACACAUGUCAAAGUCAACAGGCCACCUUCCCAUCAACACAUUAAUUAUAAGUUUAUUAUUAUAACCACAUUUUUCCUUCUCAUCUACUCCAAUUGCAAUUUGGUUUUGUAAUUUCGUUGUUUCCCUUUGGUGUAAUUUUGUUUUGUAAUUUCGUUGUCCCUCUUUCGCGUUAGCAUCUUACUAGCAUCGCGUUUUGAAUGAAAUUUGCCGUUCCAAAAAAAAAAAAAACCUACUCCAAUUGCACUAAAGUUGAUGAAUGCGAUGAAUAAAAUUAUCACUAUCAUCCCCAAACCGCUUUUGUUUUUCUGUUUCAAUCUACUAACACUCAUUUCACAAUCUCAAUCUCGUUUCCUCGACACUCGCUGCGAAGGCAGCAACUACACAGCAAACAGCACCUACGAAACAAAUCUCAACUUGGCGGUAUCAUCACUCGCCGCAGCCACGGCCGCCACCAACGGCUUCUUCAACCGCUCCGUGGGUCAAGCACCAGACGAAGUCAACACACUCGUCUUAUGCAGAGGCGACGUUGAGCCGGACACCUGUCGCCAGUGCGUUAACGAUUCGUUUGGUAGGGCAAAGUUGUACUGCCCGUACAGGAAAGUUGCAACGGUUUGGUUUGACGAUUGCAUGUUGAGAUUUUCCAACGAGAAGAUCUUAGGAACUGUGGAUGCAAAUAAUAUUAUGAUAUGGGUUACUAAUAAUAUACAGAACGCUGAUGAGUUGUAUAAGGCGAUGAGACCGUUGAUGGAUCGGUUGAAAACGGAAGCUGCUGGAGGCGAUUCGCGUAGGAAGUUUGCCACCGGAGACACGCCAGGCCCGGGUUUUAUGAGGAUUUAUGGGCUUAUGCAGUGUACACCGGAGUUAUCGGAGGAUGAAUGUUAUAGCUGCUUAGAGACCGCAACUAACCGGAUUCCGGAUUUAUUGAGUUUAGAUGUACGGAUUCUGUCUCCGAGUUGCGUCGUUAGGUACUUGAAUGUGCGUUUUUUUAACGCCACGGUGGCUCUUUCUCCACCACCGAUGGAAGCUCUGUCGCCGCCUCCGAUACUCUCUCCGCCGCCUCCAAACAAGAAUAGUAUGACAGUCGUUAUUAUUGUUGUCACUGCAACCGUCAGUGUUGUAAUAUUGGCUUUGGUUUUCUUCUGCGUUUUCACAAGAAGAAAAAGAAGGCUUGAAAGUCGAUCGUCGGGAAUGAAUUCAGUUCGUGAGAAGGGAGAUACUGAGGAAAUAACCACAGCUAAAUCGUUGCAAUAUAGCUUUGGUGUCAUUAAAGCAGCAACAAAUAACUUCUCAGAAAACAAUAAACUUGGAGACGGUGGAUUUGGAGUAGUUUAUAAGGGCAAGUUGGAAAAUGGAAAAGAAAUAGCAGUGAAAAGGUUGUCGAGGGAGUCAGGGCAAGGUGAACAAGAAUUCAAGAAUGAGGUUUUGCUACUUGCAAAACUGCAGCAUCGGAAUUUGGUUCGACUUCUAGGAUUUAGCCUCGAAGGUUCUGAGCGGCUUUUGAUGUACGAGUUUGUACAAAAUGCGAGUUUAGACAAGUUUAUAUUCCAUCCACUUAAGCGUAUGAUGCUUACUUGGGAAAGGCGAUACAAAAUAAUAACGGGUAUUGCAAAGGGACUUCUAUAUUUACAUGAGGAUUCGCGACUAAAGAUAGUUCAUCGAGAUCUGAAAGCUAGUAACAUUUUAUUGGAUGCCGAAAUGACUCCUAAAAUUGCAGAUUUUGGUACGGCAAGGUUGUUCACACCUGAAGAAUCCCAAGCCAACACUUUUCGGAUUGUCGGAACCUAUGGAUAUAUGGCACCCGAGUAUGCACUACAUGGACUAUUCUCAGUUAAAUCAGACGUCUAUAGUUUUGGUGUACUGAUUCUUGAAAUUGUAACUGGUCGCAAUAACCAUAGUUUCCAGAACGGAGUGGUGAUCGAAGAUCUACUUAGCCAUGCAUGGAAAUGUUGGAGGGAUGGAACGGCUUCAAGUUUGAUUGAUUCGACAUUGAAAGAUGGCACAAAUUCCAUACGCGACAUGAUUAGAUGCAUCCACAUCGGUCUGUUAUGCGUUCAAGAAGAGGCUUCCGACAGGCCAACCAUGGCUUCCGUUGUUCUCAUGCUCGCUAGCUCCUCUAUAACCCUCGCGGUCCCAUCCGAGCCUGCUUUUUUCAUGCACACGGACCCAAAUCCUAAUCGACAAAGACGCAUACCAGAACAUUAUUCUUCAACUAUGAGCAAUUCCAACAAUUUGUAAAGUAAAUUUAGAUAAGCUCGAGGUCAUGGUUAUUUGUUAAUUAUGUGUUACAAUAUAAUAAUUGUAUAAUUAUUUUUAGAUUGUACAAGUAUAUUUUAUUUAUAAUUUAAUUUAUAUUACUUCUAAUAAAUGUUUCCAGUUUAAUGUCA